UGCGGUGCACAGUGGGGCGUGUAGUACAACAGUGCGUGUUCUGUAGCGUUUCAAAACGAAGAGGUUUGACCAGAGAACUACAAAUCCCGGUCCGGUCUGAUUUUAGUAUAGCAGGCAGAAAGGCAGUGGCUAAAGCGCUGUAGCUGGAAUAGCUGGGAUGUUUUAACUCCGCUCCGCUCUCUGUGUUUUUAUCUGUGAGUGUGAACUGAAGCAGAACGUGUUGUUUUUUUCUGGCGGAUAGAUAACCUGCACAGGACCGAGACAGACAGCGUUAAAACGGCAGUAUGUCAGAAGGAGACAGUUCUGGUGAAUCCAUUCAUGGGAAGCCUUCGGUCGUUGGAAGUUUCUUUUCACGUCUUGGACAGGUCUAUCAGUCAUGGUUGGACAAGUCUACUCCAUUUUCAGCAGUACGAUGGGCGGCCACGCUUAUCCUUACAGCCAUAUACAUGAUCAGAGUGUAUAUACUACAGGGAUGGUACAUAGUCACAUAUGCUCUUGGAAUCUACCAUCUCAAUUUGUUCAUUGCUUUUCUCUCGCCAAAAGUGGACCCUUCACUGCUUGAUGAUCCAGAUGAGGGUCCAUCACUACCCACAAAGCAGAACGAGGAGUUCCGGCCAUUCAUUAGAAGAUUGCCAGAGUUUAAGUUCUGGCAUUCUGCAACAAAAGGCAUCGUCAUCGCUAUGAUUUGCACAUUCUUUGAAGCCUUCAACGUGCCAGUAUUCUGGCCAAUCCUUGUAAUGUACUUCAUCAUGCUCUUCUGCAUCACCAUGAAGCGUCAGAUCAAGCACAUGAUCAAGUAUAGGUACCUGCCCUUCACACAUGGGAAGAGGACAUACAGAGGCAAGGAAGACACAGGGAAAGCUUUUGCUAGUUAAAAUUCCCCCUCCUGAAAUUAAAGUGGUUGAUGAAUGAGGAAACAUAAGAACGUUGAAUGCUAUACGGUAUAAGAAAUGGAUGGAGAGGGUUGAGACUGUUGUGCGUGUGGUUGUUUUUUUUUGUUUUUUUAUCUGAUUAAUGAUUUUUUUUUUUUGGGCAGUCAGCACUGUAGGUGAGGAUCAAAACAUUUUUCCUAUUAAUGUGCAUCAUUUUAUGGGGGUUUAUAUAUAUAUGUAUAUUUUAAAAAGGUAAAUUGAGAUUAUUUUGAGUUGUUUUCUUUUUUUCCUCUAAACAGAUGAUUCCAGGUGUUAAAUUAAUCUCUUGAUAUUAAUUAUAUAAAUUGGAUAAUAAUAGAUCUGUAAAUUUCUCAUUGAAGGCAUUGCAUGUGUUUUUUGUUUACUUGUGCUGCUGUUCAAAAGAAACAAACAAAAAAAAGAUUUUAUUAACUUACAGUGUAAAUUUUUCACUCCAAAUGCUAUUAAAAGACGGUGUCCCUUCA